CACAGCAUAAAAGCUAUGCAUUUAGUCAUGUCCUCUUGUUCUCCAUUUCCUAUACUCCUAUAAAUUAAAGCGUCACAUAUAUUCAGACUCAACUACUUCUCUUUCUUUGUUUCCUACUAAACUCAUCAUCGUUUUGUUCAACUACUAAUUAAUAUGGCGGACUCUUCCUACAGCCACCCUUUGUUUAGCUGCAGGAGUUGCCGGAAUCCGAUUGCUCUUCGAGAUGAUCUUCUCUCUAAACGUUUUGUGGCAAAAUCGGGAGGAGCAUUCCUUUUCAAGCAUGCAAUGAAUGUAGUGGUGGGAAAAAAGGAAGAUAGACAACUAAUGACGGGUUACUUUAGCGUUGCUGAUAUAUUCUGCAGCAAGUGUGGUGAGGAGUUGGGUUGGAAAUAUGUUAAAGCUUAUAAUCCUUCCCAAAAGUACAAGGAAGGCCGUUUCAUUAUCGAGACUGCCAAAAUUCUCAAAGAAUAUUGAUGAUUUGUACACAUUGUAAAUUAAUAAAAAUUCUGGCCAUGUAAAUAUUGAUGCUAUUUAAAACCUACUUUUAAUCUUUUUGUGUCAUGCUACAGUACUAUACGUACUGAUCUGUAAAAUCUUGGUAAGUUUUUAUGGCAGAAUAGCCUCGUAGGCACUUGUAUUUGUUAGUGUUUGUCAUCCCGGUCCCUAUACUCAAAGAAGAUUCAUCCAGACACUUAUAGUUGUUCAAAGCCAAUAUUUUAAACCCCUCUCA